AAGAGCUAACCUAGAAAGGCUCUUCUCGUAAGGAACCUGUGACUCGAACCCCUGCAUGGUCUUCAACGCAGGAAGGCAUCCUUUAGCCAUGGCGAAACAUCACAGGACUCCGUCCCGAACCCCAGACAACAUAAUCGAGGUCAAGAGCAAAUUUGAAGCUGAAUUCCGACGGUUUGCUCUGAAAAGAAACUCUGUGGGUGGCUUCCAGGAAUUUUAUCAGCUGAUUCAAACAAUUCAUCAGAUUCCCUGUGUGGAUGUAUUAUUGGGAUAUACAGAUAUCCAUGGGGAUUUACUUCCAAUUAACAAUGAUGACAAUUACCACAAGGCACUAUCUUCAGCUAACCCCCUGCUGCGGAUCAUAAUACAGAAGCGAGAAGCUGACACAGGUGUUUUUGCCACCAACUCUCUACAGAGGAAAAAGAAAGGGCUUCUCCGGCCAGCUCAUCAUAAGUCAAAGCCUCAUAUCCUGAUCGGUAUGCCUCAAGACUUCAGACAGAUCUCCUCCAUCAUUGAUGUAGAUAUCCUUCCUGAGACACACAGGCGAGUGCGACUUCAUAAACAUGGCUCAGACAAACCUCUAGGAUUUUACAUCCGGGAUGGUGUCAGUGUGCGUGUGACCCCUCAAGGAGUUGAGAAGGUCCCAGGAGUUUUCAUCUCUCGCCUUGUCAAAGGAGGCCUUGCUGAAAGCACAGGCCUUCUUGCAGUAAAUGACGAGAUCCUGGAAGUAAACGGAAUUGAUGUCGCAGGAAAGUCACUUGACCAGGUGACAGAUAUGAUGGUUGCCAACAGUCAUAACCUGAUCAUCACCGUCAAACCGGCCAACCAGAGAAACAACGUCAUCCGCAGCAGUAAGGCAUCGGGUAGCUCAGGAAUGUCAACGGACAGUACCCCUAGUCAGCAGACACCAAGCCCAGCCUCACAUUACAUCAGUAACUACAGCACCGCGGAAGGAGAGAGUGAUGAUGAAGGGGACAUUAUCAUCGAAAAUGACAGUGUGCCACAGUACAUCCCUAGGAGUUUAAAUCACAAUUUUGUUAAUGGUGAACUAGAAAAAAGGUUCCAGCAAAGCCUGGCAUUUCACAAUUCAUUACUGGAGAGAAAGGGUUCUGUAAAUUCAUUGAACACUCAUGGCGAAAGUCCUAGCAAAGUUAGUAUACACCAGGACAGUAUGCGAGAGGAUGGAACAGUGAUAACACUUUAAAAUUCACUCUAGACAUUCCUUUUUUUUUCCUUUUCGUACAAGAGGGCAUUUAAAGUUAUAUUCCUCUUUCUCAGGCAUUAAUUCACCAAACAAUAUUUUAAACAGUGUCUUGUAAUUUAAUGCUUCAGUGAUGAAUUUAAAAGCAAUCAGUAUCCAGCAUUUUUACUUUAACCCUAUAAUUGGUACUUAUCAGACCAAAGAAAUGUCAGUCAUGCGAGAUUAAUUUCAUGAGUGCUAGACACAUAUAUAGAACUGUAUUUUCUAAAAUGAAAACAGCUAAUAAUUUAAUCCAAAAAACAGUUAGUCAUGAUACAUUAACCAUCACAGCAGUGUGAAGGACUCCUAAAGUGUCUGAUUUUCUUUAACCAGAAAACAUCCGUUCUUUUUCAUUUUCCUUUGUGCAUGUCUUAAAACUGCUGCAAAAGUCACUGCUACAGGAUCACUGGGCAUGAAGACUGCAGACAUUUUUUGUAAUAUUAUUAAGUCAUUGUUGUCCUUAUUUUGCCUUUAUAUUUUUGUUUAGUGUGUGAAGUUAGAAUAACAGCAUUAAUGUUGACUCAUAACCCAUUUCUUACUUUGGAUCUAAACCUCUUUCACAAUCCGCAUUCUGAAAAGCGUACACUUUCUUUUAGGUGUGACGUUUGUGUAAACUGUCAGUAUUCCAUGUGGAUUCAUCGCUUAGUAUAAUGUGUCCACAUAUCACAGUUUUGCAUGUCUGAUGGAUUCUGGAAGGCACAGUUGUUUGUUCCAGAGUUAUUGAGAGGGACAGUUAAUGUCAUCAGGGGAAGCCUUUUUGUACAUACCUUUCUUACUUUUUUGCACAAUUCCCUGGCCUUUCAGCAGACCAGUAAUUGCCAUCAGCCACAUACUGUGUAACUAGUAAGACUCAUGUUAUAAAGCUAAAAGGUGGACUAUGAAGUCUUUUAUACACUUUUAUAUAAUUGGGAGGUCUAAUGGCUAAUCCAAGCAUCUUCUGUCUUUAUUUCAUAUUUGUGGAUUUACUGAAGUUUGAAGGAUAUAGUUAUAUUCUGUUGCCCAAGAAUACACAGAAAAAAACAUACUUUUAAUCUAUGUAUUAGAAAUUAUCUGUCCCUGCCUGUUUAAAUUUCAAAUGGGAGAUGGAAGAGUCAGGAAAUGGCACACACUCUGAACACGUUGAAACAAGGGCUAAAAAGAGCGUGAAACAUUAAAUAUCUUUGAAAUGGAUAACUCUUACCUUGUACACGCUAAUGAAAAUGCAAAAACACUACUGAAGUUAGGUAAGGAAGAAAGUGUGUGCCUGCUGUGAUGUAAGAGCUGUAGCGGGGUGAUUUAUUCAAAGACGUUUAAUGGCUAUUCCAUGAUUGCUUAACUGGUUAUGCAUUUGGGUUGUACAGUAAUCAUCUAGGUUUGAAUGAAGUUAUGUAAACUGGGUCAAGGGGACUACAAAAGUGCCUGUUAGUGGCAUUUAGUGUCAGGAAAGGUUGGAAUAAAUUCUGAAGUCACAGCAGUCCUUGCAGAGAGAGAAGGGAUGCUGAUUUAGUCCCCUGCAACCAGCUGCAUGUGGGAUGAAGCAAAGACCUGCCCAGCUUCAUCAUGAAGUGUGUGUAGCAUAAAAUGUUGACACAAGGCUCUAACAUUGACCCAGAUGGUUCAGGUUCAAGCAGCAGGCCCAGUCAAUGGAAAAGACAACUGGGGUGGGAAGUCGGAUCAACUGGCUGAUGUUGACUGUCUUUUCUUGAGGGAGGGAGAGUUGGUUUUGCCACUCCUGGAGUACCCUGUAACAGCCAUUGUGUGUGAAAUGUCACAAACAUGCACACUACACCAAGUGUCAAUAGGGAUGGCAAGUGCUCAGCGGGAUACAUUUGAAACAUUACGACACUGCCCCUUCCAAAUGCUUGGUCAUUUGCAUAAAGAAAAAAAAGCUACUGCCAGGUUGCUACAUAAUCCUUUCAUUUUCCAUCUGUGAGAUAUGUGGAAGGGCCUAAAGUCAGGAGCAGAAGUAGGGGUCAAAAAAAUAAACUAAGGCACCAUAUCAACAUGCCUUAUUUUCAGUUAUGCACUAGUACAGGGCUAUACCAUUUUAGCUAAAAGAUCCUUGGGAUAGGAAGCGAUCAGUAGCAUACUGUGAAUAUCGGAUGAUUGUGUGUAGAAUCCUUAUAGUUUCAGAUGAAUUCUAAAUUAUACUUUUAUCUACUUAAUCUGUUCCUGAUUUAAAGUAGGUUUCCUGUAAAAAACAUGCCUAGUUUCAUCUCACAGAAUUAGCUUAACGGACUUCUUGGUGCUGCAGAAGUCAGCUUCUAAAGUCACUUUUUAAUUUUCUUUAUUUGUUAAGUAGGUAAACCUACUAGGAACAAGUAUCUUUUUUAGGGGUGACAUUGGAGGACUGCCUGGUUAAGUGACUUGCUCAGAAAUAGAGAAUGAGGGAAUCAAACCCAGGACUACUGAAUUAAUUUGUGUCAUCAACUGCCCAUUCUUCCUAAUGUGUCCUUGACUUAAAAACAAAUAUUUGUUUUGUUUACAGAGUCAUAAGUCAUGUUUUGAUAAUACAGCUCUAGAAAACCAAAAUGUUGGCUCUUGUGUUAGGGUUUCUGCCUUACAGGUCCAUGGUCAGGUCACCUGUGUGGAGUUUUCCUGCAGUCCCUGAGUUUGCUUAAGUUUUUUUUUUUUUUUUUUUGUUUUCUUCCACCUGCUGACAACAUGCUGACUGGUUUCUUUAAAUUCUACAUUCACACUGCAUUUACCCCUCCUGUUGUGGCUUGGGUCUUGGCUUAAAGGAUUUGUGGAGGACAAGUUCACUUACCUGGUAAAGGAAUGAAUAAAUGAAUGUGUAAAGCAGAAACCUUUAAGCAGUUUUUAGAUACAUGAAAAUUAGAUAAUUGAGGCUUUAAUAGUCUUCAUUAGGAUUCACAUACCCAGCACAGAGAAGCUUUUUUGAUACUUGAAAACUGUAUAAUUGAGGCUUUAAUAGUCUUCAUUAGGAUUCAUAUACUCAGCACAGACAAGCAGGUUGUAAAUAUAAGCAUACCAGUGAUAAGCAAGCUUUUAUGGGCUCUCAACACAGCUUCCAUUUAAGCUGUGCCUGUCUUAUGAUUGGAAGUAACAUUCACUUUUAAGGAAGAAGAGUUUUGGUGUUUAAGUUUUAAGGUUUUUUUUUCUUUCUCAGCUCCAGGCUUUAGCAUUCAGUAUCCAGUAUUAACCUCUUGUUACUCUUUGUUUGGAAUGUGUGUGUGUGUGUAUGUAUGUCAUUAACAGUCAAUGUGCCAAUAUACUGAUGCCUAAUCCCUGGAUAUUGAGGAGAGGUUGGCCUGUAGGAACAUUAUGGAUCGCUUAGGAGGAGUUUUGGGGCUGUUGCAACAUUAAAGAUUUUCUAGGCCCCUUUUCUGAUGAUGUCUGUCCCUCCUGAUGUCCUGCAAUACUAUGUAAGAUGAAGAAACUGGCCCAGUGAAGAA